CACCUUCCCAACCACUGGGGUCAGACUAAAUGGUCUAAAAUUUCCUUUCUUCUGCCUCUCUCUUUUGCAAUUUUACUGUCUUCCAGAAACAGAGAUGUGGAGCAAAUAUUUGAUCAUUGUAAAUGUCUAGAAUUCUUUGCCAAGUUGAGGUCAAGUCAUUGGGUAGAUUUAAAGGGAAGUUUGAUAGAUGCUUUAUUAGUAAGGCUUUCAUUGUUAUGUGGAGAAUGUUAUGUGGUUGAGAGGGGAAAUAAAUCUGCCAUGAUUAAGCAUACUCGAAUUGCUGAAUGGCCAAACUCCGCUCCUAUGCCUUCAUGCAAGCACCGACUACUACACUGAGCACCCACUCUAACGCACAUCUACCCCAACACUCUCUCAUACACACAAACAGACCCACGCUGAACUCAACAGACAGAUUCACUUGCCCAUGAACCUGUCUCACUCACGGAGGGAUAAACUGUCCUGUGCAGCUGAAGUGGGCCGCAGCGUUGACGAGCCGGCAGCCCUCCUGCACUAUCAGCAUGUAGUUCGGACUCCGAACUGUCUGAAAACCCGCACCGAAUGCCCGAAUGUGCCGACCUGCAAAUCCCGGAGCGGCGCAAUCUGCAGGGAAAGGACGGCCCAGACUGCCGCUGGUUCCUCCUCCGCAAGUUUCGUACGGCGUGCAGUUUGUCCGUGUCGUUCAUCAGUUUCGAUUUCCACAAAUAGCGAUUUUACAGGAAAUACUGAUAUAGAUCUCCCGCCGUAUUGAAACACAAAAGGGUGGUUCAUGAAGUAAACAGCAGAGGAGGAAGAGCAGAGCUCACUCUCCAUGUCACAGUCAUCAGUCGGGAUUCAAGCUUCUUUGUUUAUUGGUUCGCGGGGCUCUUCGGCAACUGGUCCGACCGGUACUGGGGCCCCUUCUGACCAGCUGGUACUGUUGUUCAGUCCUGCACAUCGGAUCAGUGGAAUUUUAGGUCAUUCCUCCUUACCAAGCUGCUGCAGCUCUGGGAUGUUAGUGAGCUUCCUUGGAUGAACUUCCACAGCAUUUCUAUAGGAUUAAGAUUAGAGGUGAAAAAACACCUCGUGGUUUUCCCCAGAGAUUGGUACUGGGCACAUUGCUAUCUGUCAUCUAUAUCAGUGUCACAAACAUGAGAAACUCUGCAGAUGCUGGAAACCCAAAACGACACUCAAAAAUGCUGGCUGGAACUCAGCAGGCCAGGCAGCAUCUACGGAAAAGAGGAAACAGUUGAAGUUCGGGCCAAAACCCUUGAUCCGGACUGGAAAGAAAGAGGAUGUUAGAGUAAAAAGGAGGGGGAGGGGAAGGAAGAAAUACAAGGUGUUAGGUCACAUGUGAAACCAGGAGAGGUGGAAGGGGUGAAGUAAAGAGCUGGGAAGUUGUUUGGUGAAAGAGAUACAAUGCUGGAGAAAGGAGAAUCUGAUAGGAGAGGACAGAAAACCAUGGAAGAAAGGGGAUGAGGAGGAGCACCAGAGGGAGGUGAUGGGCAGGUAAGGAGAUAAGGUGAGAGAGGGAAACAGGAACGGGGAAUAGUGAAGGAGAAUGGGGCAUUACCAGAAGUUUGAGAAACUGAUGUUAAUGCCAUCAGGUUGGUGGCUACCAGAUGGACUGUAAGGUAUUGCUCCUCCAAACUGAGUGUGCCUUCACCGUGGCUGUAGAUGAGGCCACAGGCAGACAUGUUGGGAUGGGAUUGGGAAAUAGAAUUGAAAAGAGUGGCUACUGGGAGAUUCCACUUUUUCUGGCAGAUGGAGCACAGGUGCUCAGUGAGGUGGUCUCACAAUCUACGUCAGAUCUCACCAAUAUACAGGCGGCCACAUGAGGAGACAUGAUACAAUAGAUGACCACAAAAGACUCACAGGUGAAGUGUCAUCUCACCUGGAAGGACUGUUAGGGCCCUGAAUGGUGGUGAGGGAGGAGGUGUAGGGGCAGGUAUGGCACUUGUUCCGCUUGCAAGGAAAAGUACCAGGACAGAGAUUAGUGAGGAAGGAUGAAUUUCCAAGGGAGCAAUCCCUGCAGAAAGUGGAAAAUAGGAGGGAGGGAAAGAUCUGCUUGGUGGGAGGAUCCCUUUGGAGAUGGUGGAAGUUACGUUGAAUUAUAUGCUGGAUGUGGAGGCCAGUGAGAACCCUAUCCCUACUGUGGUGGUGGGUGGAUGGUGUGAGAUGGUACACAAAAGGAAAGGGAUGCAGGUGAAGGCAGUAUUACUGCUGGAGGAAGGGAAGCCCUUUUCUUUGAAUGCGGAGGACAUCUCAGUAGUACUGGAAUGAAAAGCCUCAUACUGAGAGUAGAUGCAAUGAAGACAGUGGAACUGAGAGAAGGGGAUAGCAAUUUUACAAGUGCCAAGGUGGGAUGAGUUAGAGUCCAGGUAGCUGUGAGAAUCAGUGGGUUUAUAAAAGAUAUUAGUAGAUAACUGUUUCCGGAGAUGGAGACAGAGAGACUGAGAAAGUGAAGGGGAGGUGUCAGAAAUGGACCAGGUAAAUUUGAGGAUAGGGUGGAAGUUGGAGGCAAAGCUGAUGUGGCUGCAGGAAGCAGCUGCAAAGCACUCAACAAUGUAGCGUAGAAAAAGUGGGCGACAGACACCAGAGUAGGCUUGGAACUUAGACUGUUCUAUGUCGCCAACAAAAAGGAAGGCACAGCUGGGACCCAUGUGAGUGCCCACGGCUACUCAUUUUGUUUCAAGGUCUUGGAGGAGCCAAAGGAGAAAUUAUUAAGAGUGAGGACAAGUUCCACUGACUAGACAGUUGGUUAGUACCUUUGCAAAGGACACUAAAAUACAGUGGAUGCUUUCAUUCAGAGUGAAGAUAACUAUUAGGAUUUAUAGAGGUAUCUUUAUCAGCUGGAUAGAUGGGCUGAGAAUCGGCAAAUGGAACUUAGUUUGUAUAAACACAUGGUUUUUCACUUUGGGUAGACAGAUUGGGAUAGGAUAAUCGCAGUCAAUGUUAAGACCCUGGGGCGUGUUGCACAACAGAGGGAUCUCAGAGAACAAGUGCAUGGUUCACUGAAUGUGGCAUCACAGGUAGAGAGGGUGGUGAAUUAGGCUUUUGGCAUGCUGGCCUUUUUCAGUCAGGGCACUGAAUAUCAUAGUUGGGAUGUUAUGUUGCAGUUUUAGAAGUUUUGUCUUUAUUGUUGGUCGACCUUCUAUUUGAAUGAUGUGAUUAAUCAGGAAAGAGAGCAGAGGAGAUUAAGAGAUGUUUUGCGGACUUGAGAGACUGAGUUCUGGAGAGAGGUUAAGCAGGUUAGGACAUUUAUUUAUUGGAGCAGAGGAGAUUUUAGAGAGGUGUACAAAAUUAUAUGGGGGCGUGGACAUGGAUGCUGCAUAAAGACUUUAUCACCAGGUUUGGGGAAUCAAGAAUUAGAGGACAGUGCAUCACCAUACUGGGGGAACUCAGCUGGUCUGACAGAAUCCAUGGAGGGAAAUGUUUCCGGUCAAGACCCUUCAUUAGAACUGGAAAGGAAGGGGUAGAACCCACAAUCAAAAGAUGGUGAGAGGGAGAAGGAGGGAAUAGAAAAUGGUGGGUGAUAAAUGAGACCCGAUGAGGGGGAACAAGUGGGCGAGGUUAGGGCAUGAUGUAAGAAGCUGGGAGAUGGAAGACGUAAAGGACUGAAGAAGAAGAAGAAAUGUAACAGGAGUUGAAAGUGAUCCAAGUAAUAAAGAAAAGGAGGAGGGGAAGUGUUGGGAAGCUCAUCAGGGCUGGGGAAUGGGGAAAAAAAGAACAGGGAAAGGGAAUAUCGUGGAGGGUAGACAUCACGGAAAUUAGUGAAAGCACGAGGUUGAAGAUUGCCCAGGUGGAAUAUGAAGUGUUGCGAGUUUGGCCUCAGUGGCAGCUGCGAAGGUCACGCACAGAUAUGUCGGUGUGGGAAUCGGAUGCUGAAUUAUAAUGAAAGGACACCUGAUCGUCUGAACACCGAUUUAUCCAACCGCCAGGAAUUUCAGCCCCGCCCCCUCCUUUCUCUGCUGCCAAGGUGGAGAGCAAACUGACAGCAGGUUCUGCUGUGGAAGUCGAGCUCCGCCCUCUGUUUGUUCCUCAUCAACAUAAAACCAGUGUUGCUUUGAUAAUCUCUGGAAUCGAAACUGAUGAGUAAAUCAGAAAGUAUAUCUGCAGGACUUCGCCCAGUCAGUGGAGAAAGGAUACAGUGCAGUACUUGAACCGCUCCAGGACGGCUUUGCUCUGCAUAUAUCCCGACUUAACAUUAAUGUCAACUCUAGCAGUUGUUUGAAAGCACAACAGAGCUCCGAGCACGGGUACUUUAGUCAUCCCAGUGAGUCUGACCCAGGUGCAGACAGUGCAGUGGGGACCACUGAGACCACUCGGACCAUCGCUGCAAUCCCUCGUCAGCUUCAGGCAGAUAGACGCCCGAUCUACAGGUCACAGGUGAAUACUGAGUUUCCAGCUCUCAGUGCAAAGAUGUGUGAAGUCGUGGAACUGGCUACUCUGGGCCGUCCUUUCCAGCUAGGAACGCUGUACGACUGCCGGUCGGACACUCUGAUCCCAGACAUCACCUUGUGGGAUUCACAGACACUCCAGAACAACCUCAGUAGUCGGGAUCGGCCCAGCACUGAGUUUCACAUCAUCACGUCGGACUCCAUGGAGAAGAAAGCUGCCGCACUCAAUGUGUCGGAAUCACUGAAAGCAGGUCUGCUGAGUGGGGCAGUGGAGGUGAAAGGAUCAGCAAAAUAUCUCACUGACACAAAGGGAUCAAAACGACAGGCACGAGUUACCCUUCAGUACAAAACAACGACCAGAUUUGUAAAACUAACAAUGAGUCACUUGGGGAAGCUGAACAUCAGUGACCCGAGUGUGUUUGACGAGGGGUCGGCAACCCAUGUGGUUACAGCAGUGCUGUAUGGGGCCCAGGCUUUCUUUGUGUUUGAUCAAAUGGUCUCUCCAGCAGAGAAACUGCAGGAUGUCCAGCGUAAUAUGGGAGCAAUGAUUGAACAACUUCCUGAGUUUGCAGUUCAGGGGGAAGACUCACUGAAAAUGACGGAGGGACAGAAGUCUAAUGCUGAGAAAUUUAGCUGCACCUUUUAUGGGGAUUUCUCACUGAAGAACAAUCCCACCACAUUCCAAGAUGCCAUCAGUACCUAUGCGACCCUCCCAAGCUUACUGGGAUCAGGUGGGGAGAACUCAGUGCCUGUGAGAGUCACACUUUAUCCUCUCAGUAAACUAAACUCAAAAGCUGCUCAGGUGGUGAGGGAGAUAAGUGUGGGUUUGAUCAGUCACUGCCAGCGUGUCCUGGAACAGCUCAGUGAGGCAGUGAUGAGAUGCAAUGAUAUGCUGAAAGACAGAGUCUCCAUUCAGUUUCCCGAGAUUGGAGAUGGGACAAAACAAUUCCGAGAGAUGUGCUUGGAAUACAAACGGGUUUUCCAGGGGAUUUUAGGAGGAGUUUUGCCAUCUAUCCGGAGAGGUAAAGAGAAGGAAGGUUUACUGGUGGAUGUACUGAAGAACAGGGAACUGUCACCACUCAGUCAGCAGUCACUGGCCACAUGGUUGGAUGACAAGGAACAGGAGAUGAAGGCCGUGGGACAUUACCUCAGGAUGUUUGAAGAUAUACCUUUGGUGAAAUCAAAGAGAGAGUUGGAUGAUGAACUGAUGGAUCCAGCAAUAGACUAUGUGGUCUGCUUCACAUUUACAUCACUGCACCAGGAUGAUCUGUAUCUGUCAGAGGCAAAGAACUACCUCCAAUCUCUCACAGCUCAGGAAAUGCAGUCACCAACUCCUUCUGCUGGAGCCUGUGCAACACAACACAGCAAGCAGUGGUUUUGCCAUCAGUCUGUUUCCCACAAAAUGGAGCAAAAUUCUCAAUUAUUCCUGGACUUUGCCACAGCCAACAAAGCAGAUGGGAAAAUAAAAUUUCUUGUUGCGUCUGUGAAGGAUGACAGCCAAAUAGGAGCAUCUAUUUACCUGUAUCGGGGAGGGUCUCUGGAGAACCCAUGCUUUGAACUACCAUCUCAGCCAGACAGACCAAUAGUUCGUCAAACAUCACAUGACAGUGUGACACUGCAGUUACAUCCACCCAGAUAUGGUGCCGGUGAGAUUGUGGGUUACAAGGUAGAGUACAAAUGCCCCCAGCAGGAGGGAUGGACAUCUGUAGUUACACCUGAUAAAUCCCAGUGCUUCACAAUAUCUGGGUUGCAACCACACAAGGAGUAUCAUUUCCAAUACAGAGCUGUGUCUAAGGUAGGUGUCAGCAAGGCCAGUGACAGCUGUCGGUACAUCACUCGUCCUACAAGUUCACCUGGUCAACUGGCCUUCCAAUAUUGUUCACCAAUUGCCACUCUGAAUUGGGACAUUCCAAAACAGAUUGGAGAUGGUGUUAAAAUAGUUCAGUACAAAAUUGAAUACAAAGAAGAGACAGCAGUUGGAUCCAAAACGGAGUGUGGAUUAUGGAAGGAAGUGAAGACAAAUGAUACACAAUGUCACUAUCAGCUAAAGGGAUUGAAACCAAAGAAAAAAUACAGAGUCCGAGUGUCUGCUGACUGUGGGGAAACAGGUUGCAGUGCAGCAAGUGAUGAGGUUUUAAUAGAAACAGUAAAUGCACCAAACAGAAUAGCCCAGAGACUUCUGAGAGAAUCUCCAUUGAUAUCCAAAGGAAACCCUUCCAUUUACAAGCUGAACCUAAGGGAGAAGGUAUUUGAUCAUAGGAAACAUCUUGUGAAAUGCUCCUUUGGAAAACCCAAUACAAAACACAAAAUGAAGACCAUUAUGGUUCUGGGAGCAACAGGGUCGGGAAAGACGACCCUCAUCAAUGGGAUGAUCAACUACAUCUUGGGCGUGAAAUGGGAAGACGACUUCAGAUACAAGUUAAUACAUGAAGAGACAGGAAAAUCCCAGGCUGAAAGUCAGACAUCCUCCAUCACUGCCUAUGAACUCCACCAUCAAGUAGGAUUUAAAAUUGAUUACUCUCUGACUAUCAUUGAUACACCAGGAUUUGGAGACACCAGGGGAAUAAGCCGAGAUCAAUUAAUCACCGAACACAUCAGAGAGUUUUUCAGCUCCCCACAGGGUGUUGAUCAAAUUGAUGCUGUGUGUUUUGUUGUUCAAGCCUCUUUGGCUCGCCUGACUCACACACAGAAAUAUAUUUUUGAUUCAAUUCUUUCUGUUUUUGGCAAAGAUAUUGCAGAGAACAUUCAGAUAUUGGUGACAUUUGCAGAUGGACAGAGUUCCCCUGUUCUGGAAGGUUUAAAAGUAGCUGAGGUACCAUGUCUCAAAGAUAAAAAUGGUAUGCCAAUUCACUUUAAGUUUAACAAUUCAGUUGUAUUUGCCCAGUGUCCGGCCGCUGGAAAAGCUGCUGGUAAGGAUACUUCUGAUGACAGCGAAGAAGAGCACGAUGAUAAUUUUGAAACAAUGUUCUGGAAGAUGGGAGAAAACAGUAUGAAGAAAUUCUUUAGAGCUCUGAACAAGAUGGAAGCAAAAAGUUUAUCUUUGACCAGAGAGGUUUUGAGGGAACGUGAGCAGCUGGAGACUACAGUGGAGGGGUUACAGGUUCAGAUCCAAGCUGGCCUGAGCAAACAGGAGGAACUCAGAAAAACACAACAGGUUCUGAACCAACACCAGACCAUGCUGGAAGCAAAUAAAAACUUUGAGUAUGAGAUUGAAAUUACAGUUCCAGUACAGGAAGAUAUCAGCGGGACUGGCAAUUACAUAACCAACUGUCAGAAAUGUCACUUCACCUGUCACUAUCCCUGUAAGAUUCCAAAUGAUGAUGGAAAAUCACGGUGUGCAGCAAUGGACGGAAAUGGGAACUGCAAAGUCUGUCCCCAAAAUUGUGUCUGGAGUGUUCACUUCAACCAGAGAUACAAGUUUAACUAUGUAGUGCAAACAGAAAAGAGAACAUACGAUGAGCUGAAAAAUAAAUAUGAGACAGCCUAUGGUGAGACGAUGACUCAGCAGAAAAUCAUGGCGAGGCUUCAGCAAGAGUUUGAUGUGGUUCAGGAUACAGUGCUGGUGUUUAUUGAACAAUUAUCCCAGAGCAUUGGAAGACUUGAAGAGAUAGCUCUGAGACCAAAUCCAUUAUCCACCCCAGCUUAUAUUGAGCUCCUGAUUCAGUCUGAGAAAGAAGAGGCCAAGCCUGGGUUUCUGGACAGAAUUCAGACACUGAGGGAGGUCAAGGAGCGGGCAGAGUUAAUAGAGAAAGUUACCAAUGUGAAUAUGUCAUCAGACGAACUGAAGCAAAAUCCAACAGAGUCAAAAAUAGGCUUGCUAAAGAAGAUGAAAAAGGGUGUGAUUUACAUUUUUAAUAUUCUCACUGCCAAUAAAUAACCAGAAUACAUUGCAACCAUAUCCAAAAUGGGAAGCAGAUGUUUCACCCAGCUGAUAAAUAAUCUGCUGAUUGUAAGUUACUCUCCAUCUUCUCCAACAUCUGCCCGGAGUGUUUAAGACCACAUUGUUUUUCCGCAAUGCUGCCAUCCCUCAGACAUGAUGGGAGCUGUGGACAGAGAAUCCAUCCAUAUUCCUUCCUCUUUCCCAUCUAUGUCCCAUCCCUAGAAAACAACAUUGGAAUCGCAGUCUGUGUAGACCCCUCUACACAGUCUACUCACUGCUCCACCUCCACCAACUCCUCCCUCAAUCCCUAUUCUCUCCAUGUUGACAGAUUGCACAUUCCCUGAUCUUGUGCCAAAUGAUAGUAAACUUUCUCCCAGCUCUAUGCUUCUCUAUGACUACUGUCAGAGUCUCGCCCAUUGGAUGGAUGAAGCAUGGAUGUGUUCCAUAAAAUUCAGCACAGAAAAAUAUAAAGUAGGAGAAAUAAAAUAAGAUGUAAAUUAUCAAAUGAUAUAGGAAACCAUUAAGCUCACUGAAUGAAUGCUAACUUACAAAUCAGCAGCAUCUGUGAGAUUCUCCCACUUUCCCCAUAACCUACUCACCAUCAUUUGCUAACAAAUGCACUCAUUUGCUCAUAGUUUAAAAAAAAUGUGAUGAAAAUCUGUAAUUUAAAAAAAACAGGAAAUGCUGGAACUGCUCAGCAGGUCAAGCAGUAUCUGCUGAGGACAAAACAGUUAAUGUUUCAUAUCCCCAAUCUACAAUAGACUUUCAGAUGCUCUUCUUUGGAAUGUCUGAACAUUGGAUCAAAUUCAGCUUGUGCAAUCAAAAUAUUAACUGUUUCUCUCUCCAGCAUAUUUGCGUGUUCUUUUAGUGAUUAUGCUUAGACAGAAAGAACAAGAUUAUCCAGUUCCUUAAAAUUCCUUGGGGUCCUAUAUUCAUUGUGUACACUAUCUCCUUAUUUAUCCUCCCAACAUACAUCAUCACUGUUUCUUCCUGCCAUCCAUCUUGCCAUUUCACCAACGUUACAAUAUCAAUAUUACUAAAAACUAGCCAGCUCACUGUCUAUUGGUCACAGGCUUUCACUCACAAACACAAUCCUCCAACAUCACUAGCUGCCUUUCAUUGCCAAGGCAAUUUUAGACCAUAAGACAUAGAAGCAAAAUUAUGCCACUUGGGCCAUCAAUUCUGUACCUCCAUUCCAUCACUACUAAUUAUUACCCUCUCAGUCCCUUCUCCUGCCUUCUCCCCCAUACCCUUUGAUGCCCUGACUAAUCAAGCACCUAUAAACAUUUUCUUUAAAUAUACUCAAUGAUGAGACCUGCACAGCCAACCGUGACAAUUAAUUGCACAGAUUAACCACCCUCUAGCUAAAGAAAUUCCUUCUCAUCCCUGUUCUGAUGCUGUGCCAUCUGGUCCUAGACUUCCCCACCAUAAGAAACAUCCUCUCCACAUCCACUCUAUCUAGACCUUUCAAUAUUUGAUAAGUUUCAGUGAGAUCCCCCUCAUUCUUCUAAACUUCAGCAUGUAUAGGCCCAGAGCCAUCAAACACACUCUGUACAUUAACCCUUUCAUUCCCAGAAUCAUUCUUGUGACUCUCCUCUGGACCCUCUUUACUACCAACUCACUUCCCUUCACUGCAUUUCCACAUGACUCUUAUUUGCCCAGUCUCUCAAUCUGUCCAAAUCCUUCCACAGACUCCCUCAAGGUCUAACUACACCCUACAUUGAUAUGUAUACUAAAUGCCCCAUCAUCAGCCCUAUCACUCAAUUUGCAUCCCCUUGCCAGUUUAGUUACUACCCUCCCCAACAGCUCUAGUAAACCUGCCCAUGAGGAUAUUGGUCCCCCUUGGGUUUAGGUGUAACUCGUCAUUUUUGUACAAGUUACGUUUCAUUUCUUUCCCAGAAGAGAUCCUAAUGAUCCAGGAAUCUGAAACCCUGCCCAUUCAUUUGUCUGUGCCAUCAUCCUAUUGCUGCCCUGACGAGCAUGUGGCACUGGGAGUAAGACAGAGAUUACUACCUUGGAAGUCCUGUUCUUCAGCUUUUUCCCUGACUCCCUGUUGCAGGAUCUCUUCCCCACCCCUUUCUCCCUGUCAUUGGUUCCACUGUGCACCUCGACCUCUGGCAUUCCACCCUCUCUUGAUAUUCUUUUACAGCCGCUUUGAGACAUACAUCUAUGCAAAUGGGUCUGGAUCCUCUGAGCUCUAACCCUUUGGGUUUGUUGUCUAUGACAAUAUCAGACAUGGGCAGACAACAAGCAGACUGUCCUUUGCAAUACAUUUUGUUGCCUCUUCAAAAUGUUGCUCAAUUGGUCAAAUGUCUUUUCUCAACAAUACUUUUUUGAUAAUCUAUGAGUAAUCACUAACUGAGCAAACAUCUAUGAUUCAUGUCAUUCAGAUUUUGUUUCUGCACAACCUCACAUCCUUGUUCUUCCCCGCUUGAUCUGGUCUGCCAUUUUGAAAUACAACUAUCACAUUAACUGCUCUUUGGUCACCUUUCUCUUCACUUGUGGUUAGUUUAACAAUAAAAGUUUCUGCUGGGGCCAGAGCAGUCUCUCACAUACCCCACAAAACAGACUGGGAUACAUCUUAGUUCCUGGGGGAGAUAGAUCCUCAAACUUUAUAUGAUACCAAAUAUGCCUUUUUCAAUGAUAACAUGCUCCAUGAAUAGGGUGUUCCCAUUGAAAUCGACUUGUCUCCUGGUUACCUUUACUACGCUCAUUAAAUGCUUUGGGUUUGUCCAUCAGCUUUUCUUUCUUUUUCAUUUUCAUGUUCUCCUCUAUACCAUUUGUUCAAAGUAAAGUUUAUUAUUGGAGUACUGUGGCGACCCACUUUCUGCGCAGGUGAUCCGGCUCACAAAUAGCCAGCGCGCGGGGGGAGACUUUGGUAACGCACCUCUGACGUCAGUUCCACCCAGAGAGGGCGGAUGCGAGGGAUUUAAAUGCCAACGCCGUGAAGUUUGAAUAAACUAGU